GUGGUUAGUCACUAAGAAGCGUCUCGUAUAAAAGGGCUUAAUUUUAGCACGUAGAGGAUUUGAUUGGUUUGCUUCUUCGAGCAUAUUAUAGAUAACUCACGCCAACCAAGCAUAGCAAAAACGGCUUUAUGAAAGAGAAGUUGCUGUUUGCACGAUCUUUAACGUCCGUAAGUAAACAUGGCUAGCGGUGAUACAUUUGAUUUAACAACCGAACAACCAGUUAAAAGAACAACGCGAACCAAACGCUUCUAUUGCGUCGUUGCGGCGGCAGUCAUUGCUGCAAUCGCCAUAUUCUUCAUUGGUUUCAUCAUCGGUUAUUUUGCUAUGAAAUUAGGAUCGUCCAAGACGUCUUCAAAUGAUUCGGGCGGUAAGAAACACGAUCUUAAAGAGCCGAAAACCGACUACAAGCGAUAUCACGAGCAAGCAGUAAAUGCACUUAACGCAGAGAGUGUGGAGAAAUUUUCUCGGUAAGUUAUAAAUUGUUUGCAUAUUGGACAGUGUGCGACAAACGCAGAUUGCAGACUUGUAGACUGGCAGGUAAACGAGAUAAACAUUGUUGUGAAAUGCUUUAACAGAUUCCCUAUCCCUAAACUAGACUUUUAGGAGACUUAAAGUUUAGGGAUACAGAAUCUGUUAGAGCAUUUCAUAACAAUGUUUAUCUCGUUUACCUGCCAGUCUGCAAGUCUGCAGUCUGCGUUUGUCGCACACCACAUAUUCAUAUCGGAUACAGUGGAUAACAGGCCUUUGUAUUGUAACGCCGGGCGUUGUCGGUUAAUUGACUCUAGCUCUAGACUGAUUUACCGUCGGAACAUAAUACCAGCUGUCGACGGAAAGUGCCUUGUGCUUAAAAAUUCACGCAUUCCUGCGAAUUUUUAUGCACUGUGCAUUCUGUCAAUGUCCCCUGUAGAUGGUUUAGCCUGUUUUAAUAGCCUAAGUUGUUGUUGUUAAUGCAUCAGUCAAUUCCACCUGCGCCCAGCCCCCCCCCCCGGGCAACUGCGGGGCAUUUGCCCGCCUUGUCAGUCCCGGGGGUGGGGCAUUUGCAAAUGUUGCACUUCCCGGGGGCCGGGCAUUUGCCAACCCCCGGGCCAAUCCCGAGCUUUUGACACGCACGCGGUUUCCUAUCAGAAUAUAAGGUUUUACUGGAAGAAAAGCAGAUUGGCUCAUUUGUCAAGGACAGAAAUAAAUUGUAGAGGGUUGUAAAGGCAUGUUCGCGAUUUUAAAUGUAUGUAUGCAUUUCUUCAUUGCUUAUUAAGCCAGAAUUACGUAGCGAAAUUGGAGCUAUCGAUGUGAAUCAACGUUUUUUGGUUAUUGAAUCAAAUUUCUGUUGAUAUUAUUUGAAGAACAUCCUUUCAUAUUUAUAAAACUAUUCAUAACACAUAACUUUACAGCGCUCUAUUAAUUUUGAUGUCAAUAAUUUUAUACCAAUAUUAAAACCAUAUUAAAACUGGUGCAUGCCGUCGCGGCGUGAAGUCUUAAUUAGAAUCCUCGCGCUGUUACAAAGGAAGACGUUAAUUAAACCAAAAAAAUCGCACAUUAAAAUGCUUAAAACGGCACUAUUUGACUGUGCGAUCAAUGAAAAAUGUUGUAGUGUUGACGGAGGACGGGGCAUUUGCCCUCUUUUUUCGUCCCCACCCCGGGGAAUUUGACAGCUCAAGAGUCCCCACCCCCGGGAAUUUGCCUUCCAAGGCAAAAAAAAUGCUAAUGCCCGGGGGUCAGCCCGGGGGGGGCCUGGGCGCAGGUGGAAUUGACUGAUGCAUUAUCCACUUAUUCCCGUGUCAUGUAUCAUUGGUUUGAAAUUAGGAUAAAUUAACAAAUACACCGGCAGUUAUUUGUCCAUAGCAUUGGGGUGUCAACACAUUACUCCUUUGCCACAGAAGGUUCACUACUUUUUCAAAUGAAAAAAAUUUUUUUUUAGGAACAUCGUGAUAACGGACUUGGGGUAAUUUCUGGUAAUUUGGUAAACCUUCGCCGCAAUAGCCAAAUUGACAUGCGUAGUUAAAACUUUACACCUGUUUUAAAAAGGUAGCUCGCCACUGUUUUUCAGUGACCUUACCUCCCACCUUGAAUACGCAGUUCAAAGAUGCAUCAAACAAAUCAGAAAACCAAGUCACAAACUUAUAUAUGGUAUAGAUCUAAGAUUCAAAUUGUGAGUUUUUGCGAGAUCCGAGAUCUAUCUUUGUAUAGGGUAACAUCGUUGCUGUUUUUACAUUUUCUACUUUUGUUCUGAAGUCUGGUCAUUCGUUUUGCAAGUUGUUUAUGUUCUUGACGUACAUAUACUUACCUUGAGUUGUUCUUAUUCUAAACAAGUUAUCUGAGAGGGUUUUCGAGUAAUUUUGUUUGGAGCUGUAAGAAUGAAGCGAUUUCUCCGAAUGCCUCAAAAUACACUAACCUUGUUUGUGAGAACUAUAUUUUGAUCUAGAAUUGUCUCUUAAGUUCUCUAGGCUUUCAGAUAUAUUGGUGAAAAAAGUCUAUUUAUGAUAAUCAUCUGCACGCGUAAAACCCCGCUGGAAAUUAAGUUAACUCAGUAUAAAGUGAACUAAAAGGCCACAUUCAAUAGGUAAAUCAUUUGACCUCCUCCUGUUGAUUUAAAUCCAGGGCAUUUCAGUCUCUCUGCUAUCCUUGAAUUAUUUUUACCAUACGUUAACCAUCGGUGACUUGCUCUACAGAAUACAACCCUUGUUUAAUAGUGAGAAAAGAAAUGCACAUUUUCUCACUUUCCUCAUACAAGAAAAAUUGAUGCUAUGAAAUGGAAAAGAUGGCUCGUACAAUUACACAUUCGAAUCCCGCUUUAGAGACACCCAAUUUAUUUUUGUAUUAGAUGAUAUAAAGGAGGGUUUUCUUUGACCCUAGGGAAACUGCUCUUAUAUUGUCUCAAUUCAACUCCUUUAAUACGGAUACCCGUUAAUACAGACAACCAAGAGCCAUAAUGGCUCUUGAGACAACGAAUUAACUGUUCUUGUCCAAUCAACAGUAAUCUGCAAUAAGUUACCCUCGCUAGUGCAAAAAUUAGUUUCUCAAACGAACCUCAUAAUGAAGCUGAUCUAUAUUUGCAGCAAAUUCACUGAGCGUCCCCACGUUGGAGGCGGUGAACAAAACAAGAAGCUAGGAGUAUAUAUCCGUGAUGAAUGGAAAAAAUAUAAAUUUGAUCAUGUAGAGAUGGUACAGUACGACGUUCUUCUGUCCAUGCCACCGAGAGAUAAACCAAACGCUGUCAGGAUCAUCAACACGACUGACAAAACGGUUUUGUGGAACGUAGAGGGACCCGAAAAGGUAAUACCUACUGGUCGCUUUGAUUUUAAUUUCUCUGCUCCAUUUUGUGUAGGUUGAUUCCCCGGGGGACUACUCCCUAUAAUGCCUAUACGGGGAGGCUCCGCCCGAAAGGGGUAACUUUUUCAGGUUUCUGUAAUAUGAAAGAGUAGGGAUUUCACUUUUUGAAGUAUAUGAAAGGGAGGUGAAAUCUGUCUCUAGGUCUGUAAAAAGGCCCAAAAGGGCUUACAGUUGCCCGUUUAUGUCUGUGAAAAAGUCGACAAAAGGUUCUGGUUUAUUUACGAUUUUUUCCAUAUUUCAAAGACAGUGAGUGCAUUUACAGCAUUCAAAAGGGAUGCAAAGUGGUACAAUGUGUCCACAGAAGGUAUACUAAAAGGCUACCUUUUCCGUGUCAAAAAUGGUUUAUAAAAGGUUAAGGGGUUGGACCUCGGGGCCCAGCCUCCCCGUAUAAAGCUUUGUUGGAUACAUCCCCGGGGUUGAAACCCCGGCGAAAGGAGAGAGGGUGCUGGGUGCGGCCUCGUAAGAGCUAUAUAGGUAUGUUUAGCUCCAAAUGGUUUUUACCCUCUUUGGUUUGAAAUUGGGAAUGUGCUUUCCAGAAUCAGCGUUUGAAAUGGCCUGAGAAAACAGCCGACAUUUUGUAACGCAAUCACUGACUUUUUCACGAAAUUACGUCUCGGGAACGAUUGUAGAAAUUCCAUACUGAUGACGUGUCACUACCUAGAUCUGGGUAGUACGUCUAAUAAGACGAAGCAAAUUUCCCUCGCUGCACGACCAAUCAGAAGCACGACCCAGAUCUGGGUUGUCACUUGUGAUACAAUAUGAGAUUUCUGCGCUCGUUCCUUACAGGAGGGGAAACAAGUGGUUGAUCAAUUGCCAAUUUGCCGUCAUUUUGGGCACUGAACGUCUUUGUUGGAAAUAAUCGAUUCAGUCUUGUUGAAACAUGUUUAAUGUAGCUUAACAGAUUUAUAUCAGGCCAUCAGCCAAUCAUUUUUGUCAGUAGGUCACUCGGUCUCUCAGUCAGUCAAUCAAUAAAAAACAGGAGAAAAUAGUUCUGCUUGAAUAGUUUUUUGUUCAGAUUGCAGAGCCAAGUGAAAAUGAUUCUCUUGUGUUGCCACCAUUUCUGGGAUACUCUCCACCUGGAAUCGUGGAGGACGCUGACUUGAUGUAUGCAAACUAUGGUACCGUUAAGGAUUUUCAGAAACUGGAACAGAGAAAUUUAAGCUGUACUGGGAGGAUAAUUAUCAUGCGUUAUGGAAAAAUAUUUAGAGGAAAUAAGGUACAAAAUACUACACGCAACUUGUAAGAGAUAUUGCCUUUCAUCUGUUUCAUGUUAUCUCUCUUUGUCUGUCGCUGUUGCCAUGCCUAUCUUGACCAACUACCGGGUACUUAUUUGCCCUGAAGGUCGUGCCGCUUGGAGUAAUGUAAUGUAAUGUAAUGUAAUGUAAUGUAAUGUAAUGUAAUGUAAUGUAAUGUAAUGUAAUGUAAUGUAAUGUAAUGUAAUGUAAUAGAGGACAACAAGACGCGCCCUCUUUAAUAGUAAGCUCGGACUUCAGCACACAAGGCGCCACUGGCGCCACUAUCAGUCCAUUUAUGAGCUUACUGUAAACCACCCACAGCCCAUGAUAUGCACGAUGUGCGAUAUGUGAAAGGUUAACCACACCAUCGGCAAACUUCCCCUACUCUUUUCGAACGGUACUGUGGUGUGGGUUCUUUAACGUCCACAUCGAUUUUGACUAACGAAAAAAGGAAGAAGGGAGACAUAAAGUCCAGUAGCGGAUCCAGGGGAGGGGCCCAGAGGUCCCGCCCCCCCCCAUUAUUUUUAUACCAAACUGAGGGCCGAAGGGCCGAAAAAUUUUUUGGGAUAACGCCCCCCCCCCCCUCUCUGACCGCCCACGUGGCACCUAAACCCACUCUGUCCCAGAUGGUGGUGCAUAACUUCCCCUCUCCUGUUCGAACGGUAUUGUGGUGGGGGUUCUUUAAGGCCCAACUCGAUUUUGACUAACGAAAAAAGGGAGAAGGGAGACAUAAAGUCCAGUAGCGGAUCCAGGGGAGGGGCCCAGAGGCCCCGCCCCCCCCCCAUUAUUUUUAUACCAAACUGAGGGCCGAAGGGCCGAAAAAUUUUUUGGGAUACCGCCCCCCCCCCCCUUUUCUAAGGGCCUGGAUGUCCUAACCUCCCCUUUAUCUCAAGGUCUGGAUCCAAUGGCACUGAAGCCAACGAUUUAACGUCACCGCCCAUUUACUCGAUCAUCUGGGUCAAGGUCUCAAAUCACAGGCAGCAUGAUGACACCAGUUUUUUAAAGACCCUGGUUAUUGGUCUGGCAAGGGUUCCAAUCCACGACCUUCCGCUCGGCAGACCGGUGUUCUCUCAACUGAGCUAACCGGACGGUGGAAUAUGGCAGGGGCCCAUAAACUGGAGCAAGCAACUCCUGCACAAAGCCUUUGUAACGCAUUUUCACAUACUAGUUUAUUUUUAGGUGAUGCAGUCGGGCACCAACCCACGGCAAACCCACGGCCUGACAAGUACUUAACUCAUUCGCGAAGCCAAAUCACUCGGGCAGUGGCAGCUAUAGACUGAUGUUUAUUCCUCAUUUUUAGUAUCAUUUAAAAAAGACUUUUUCCUGCGGAAGGAAGCUUUGCUCUAUCAAACUAAAGAACGUGUAUGAUCGAUUGUUCUGCAGGUUCAAAAUGCUCAAAAGUGCGGAGCGGCUGGUGUAAUACUUUACUCUGAUCCAGCGGACUACUCUCCUGAAGGAAUGAACAAUACUUUUCCAAAGACUUGGUGGAUGCCAGGGACUGGUACCCAGAGAGGAACAAUAGGCAUGGCCAAUGGCGAUCCCUUGACUCCACUCCUGCCGUCCAUAGAUGGAAUCUACAGACUAAGCAAAAAUGAAAGUGGUGCAUUGCCAAAAAUCCCCGCCCAAGUCAUAACUUACGAUAACGCUGUACACUUCUUAAAGCGCCUUGCAGGUACUAAAUCACGUGAUUGGGCGUGAGAGGGGUAACAGUUAAGAACGAAUUGCGUGCAUAAUUGCAAUGUUUAGUUCUCCAUUUAAAUGCGUCUUUGUUAUUAAAACUUAGAGCGGCUAAGGCCUACCCGUUUUAUCUGGUGGAUUGCGUUACUUUUGGCACUCGACAAAGUUUUUGACUAGUUUGCAAACAUUCUUUGGCAAACUAAAUGGGCUCUGUAUUAUGCAGAAGCCCGUUUCGUUUUGAAGUGAAGAAAACAUGUCCAAAAGAUGUCAAAGCUUUGUCAGUCGCAACGGUAACACGAUCUGCACUGCAAGCAUUUCAGAAAAUCAUAAUAAGAAAGGUGUGUUGCUUUCUUUCAGGUGAUGAAGUUCCUUUGGAAUGGACAGGAGGAUUGCCCAUCAAGUACAGAUUCGGACCUGGAUUUAUAGAUCCAAAUGUAAAAGUAAGGCUUGAAGUCAACAAUCAGUUCGUGACAAAACCAGCAAUAAAUGUGAUUGGCACAAUCAUCGGCAAAGAAGAACCCGACCGGAUGGUACUCAUGGGUAAUCAUCGAGACGCUUGGGUAUUUGGUGGAGUGGAUCCAUCGAGUGGCACAGCGGUUAUGAUGGAGGUGACGCGUGGCAUAGGAGAGCUGUUGACCAAGACGGAUUGGCGACCUAGACGCACAAUGGUCUUCUGCAGUUGGGGCGCGGAGGAGUACGGUCUCAUUGGUUCAUAUGAGUGGGUGGAAGAAAACAGAAACAUGUUGAGGGACCGUGCAGUUAUGUACCUGAAUACCGAUUCUGCUGUGAGUGGGAAUUACAGCUUCAAGGCCAAUGGCAGUCCUGGCUUGAAGUCUUUGGUAUUCCAAGAAUCUAAGUUUUUGACAGAUCCCAAUGGUAAUGAAAACGAUGCGAAUCUCUAUGAAAGCUGGGCAAGGAAAUACCCAUCCCCCACAGCACCCGGUGAGCCUAAGUUUGGUGGUCUCGGUUCAGGAUCCGACUACGCGCCAUUCAGUCAUUUUAUUGGGGUACCUAGCAUUGACAUGAAGUACGAGUUUGGCAGCAUGAACAGGUCGCUAUAUCCUGUUUAUCAUACCGUUCAUGAUACGUUUUACUGGCAAAAAACCUUCACCGACCCGAAUUUCAAGACCCACCUGUUGAUGUCUCAAAUUGGAGCCAGGAUUGUUUUGGAGGCUGCAGACACCCAAAUGCUUCCUUUCAAUCUGAAAGACUAUAAAGUAGCUCUGAAAGGCAGCCUUGACGCACUGGACAAGAAUUACCUGAAGCUACUCCAAAAGGAUAAUAUCACUCUGGAAUAUUUGAAGCGAGAGGUGGAAACAUUUUCAAAAAACGCAGAUGCCUUCGAGAAGAAAAAAGCCCAGGCUAGUGACAUGCAAGACUUUGCCAAACUACGCAGACUCAAUGAUCAGAUGAUGAACAUGGAACGAGCGUUUAUCUGGCCGUUUGGACUGCCAGGAAGGCGCUUAGCUCGUCACGUUCUCUUCGCACCUGAAAUGCACAACGUCUACGGAAGCUCAAGCUUUCCAGGAAUCACUGACUCGCUUUUUGAAGUCGAGAAGACCAACAAUUGGAAGCAGGUCAAAGAACAGGUUUCCAUCGCUAUAACAUGCGUAAGAGAGGCUGGCAAGAUUUUGGCGGCAGUGGACGAGUAGUGUAUUGUCAUUGUAUUGUGAGAUUCUUGUAGUUUGUAGUAAGGUUACUAUAAAUUUUCAGACUUGUCCCUUGUUCCUAGCGAUAAAACCGGGUGAGUUAUAAACUGUGGUGUAAAUUUCUGAUAGUCUUUAUUUUUUUUGUAUUUGGUACAUUUUACAUUGCUGUAUGGUAAUUUUAACUAAAAGUAAUAAAUGGAACUGCAAUAAAGCGAAAGCCUGGGAAACAUUAAUCUUGUC